AGGGCUCUAAGUGGGGAUGGACUGAUAAUCUUGAUAAGGCGUUUAAAACAAUAAAACAAGUAAUGACAUCAGAGCAAGUCCUCGCACAUUUCGACCCGAACGCCCGGAUAAUAUUAACGGUUGACGCUUCUCCGAGUGGGUUGGGAGCAGUCCUCUCACAAGUAGACUUAGACGGUGUCGAAAGACCGAUUUCAUUUGUGUCGCGUACCUUAAAUUCGGCGGAAAAGCGUUACGCGCAAAUACAAAAGGAAGCAACCGCCAUUAUUUACGGAGUGCGACGAUUUCAUCAAUAUUUGUAUGGCAGAUCUGAACCAUUCAUUUUACGAACGGAUCACAAGCCCCUUUUAUCUAUUUUUGGGGCUGAUAGGGGAAUUUCAGAGAUGUCAGCAAAUAGAUUGCAACGUUACGCGUUGUUCUUAAGUAGUUAUAACUAUAAAAUAGAAUACGUGCGCAGCGCUGGUAAUAGUGCGGACUAUUUGUCCCGCGCGAGCUUGCCGCGAGCGAUGCAUGCGUGUGCGUGCACCGAGGAAUGUAAGUGUUGCGACUGCGAGGUUGCAUAUGACCGCGCGACUUAUGUAUUUUUUGUUGUAGAUGGAAGCAUGCCCGUGACAUUAGAGAAAUUGCGCGAGGAAACAAAGGGUUAUGUAGUGUUAAGGCAAGUGAUAGACUUUAUUUCGAAUGGAUGGCCGCCGAAAGUAAACGACUUAAGGUUAAUGCCGUAUCACAUGUGUAGAACACAGUUAUCUUUUGAGAAUGGGUGCGUAAUGAGAGGUCACAAGGUGGUUAUACCUACUAGCUUAUAUCAAAUAAUUCUUAAAGAGUUACAUGCUUCACAUUUAGGGAUAGUUAAAACAAAGGCCGAAGCUAGAUCUAGAUUUUGGUUUCCGGGAAUCGAUCAAGCUGUAGAAACAAUGAUAUCUUCAUGCGAAGUAUGUAUUCAGCUGCGACCUUCGCCACCGCGAGCCCCGCUGGCCCAUUGGGAAUUUCCACCAUGUCCUUUUCACAGAAUUCAUAUAGACUUUCUUGGUCCGAUAAAAGGUUGUGUGUAUUUAGUAGCGGUCGACGCGCAUAUCAAGUGGGUGGAGGUAUUCAAUAUGAAUACGGCUACGUCUACGGCUGCAGUCAUAGUAAAGCUAUGCGAGUUUAUGUCACGAUUUGGAGUUCCGAAAACAAUAGUGAGUGAUAAUGGCACAGCUUUCUAUUCACGUGAAUUUGAACUAUUUUGCGCGACUAAUGGAAUUUCUCACAUGACUUCACCGGUGUAUCACCCACCGAGUAACGGCCAAGCCGAAAGUUUUGUAAAAGUAGUAAAAAAAGGAAUAAAAUCAUGUCUUAUGUCGAGCCAUAGCGCGAAAGACUCAUCGGUAAGAUGA